AUGAAGCAAAGUAGUCAGAGCUCUUUUGAUCAAAUGCCAGCUCUUCAUCACUCCCCCAUCACUCCUCUACCUCUUCUUGGUGCCGGAAACGGAGGUGGUACAAAGGCUAGGAUGAAAACACAGCCUGAGGGAUAUCCAAAACUUGCUGCCCUUCAGGGUACCUAUUCUCAGUUAGGGAUAUACCGUCGUUUUUCGACUCUCAAUGCCCGUAAUCUUCUCUAUCUCCAAGCAGAGCUCGUUAUCCUCGAAGCCGACCUCAAUCAAUUCACAAAGAAUGACUAUGAGUGUCUUUUUCAACAACGUCAACUUGCCACCUUCGAUCUGCCAGAAUCCGGAAACCUCGAAUUCCUGAACCAUUGGCUUGUCGAUUCGAGACAGAAUGAUUGUGCCCUUGAAGGCUUAGAUAGAAACGUCUGGAAAGAAGGGAAGGACUUGCUGGUCAUCAAACCUGAUGAGAUAGCGGCUGAAUCUUUCACGAGAAUCCCGCGGAAACCCCUGACAGCAAUUUACCACAUAUUCAGGAUGCGCUGCCGUCGCCGACAGGCCGAUGAGGAGAGCCUGAUAUAUGUGUACAAUGAGAAGAUUGUAAUCAGGAUAGCUGAUAUGAUUGGGUCAGCCAUCGCUUCAUCGUUGCCCGUUCUGGCUGUUGUAGUCCUGUAUUCAGUUCAUGAAAUGUUGGCAAGGUUAGGCAUAAUCGCUCUGUUCACAGUGGUGUUUGCUUUGGCGCUAGUGGUGACUACGAAGGCGAAGAGAGUUGAUAUAUUUGCCGCGACUGCUGCGUUCGCAAGUGUACAAGUCGUAUUUGUGGGAAGCACCUCAUCUUGA